AUGUCCAACCAGAGCAACAACAAACUGUUCAAAAACCCAAUCGAUGCAUUCACCAUCAACUCCGCCCGUGAAAUGCACAGGCUUACUACAGGUAGUCGUAACCCUCCUGUUCUAAAAGUACACCAGCCCAAUUCUGAGAAUGGCCCUGCCUCAAUUCCGAAUUUAAAUCGAGAUCCUGCUCCAGAUCCAAUCCCAACUCCAACUACCGCCCCAACUCCUGCACCGUUCCUCGUACCUGCAACGCCUAGCCCGCAUUGUAGGAACCCGUUGUGUAAAGACUGUGGGAAAGUCAUCAUCCCGGCUCCGGUCGCUACUUUCCCCGUGCAGGAUACCCCGUCCAUCUGUAUAAACAACAAAUGGUGCAUUCUUACACAGAGGCUUCCCAUCUUGAAUGCACAGGAAAUAGAGGAGUUCGAAGCCAUUCUAGAAGGUAUUCCUGUGCCCGAAAUGAUCUUUGGAAACAAUAAGGUUGAAGUCUUCACGGUUGACAAGAAGUUCCAUAUAAUGUUCAACACCUUGGAUGCCUUGAAGUUGGUGGAAAGAAACCCAUCCACUUUGAUCAAGGUAAGUUACGCAAACGAAUGGUUCAAAAGCAGGCAGUUGAAGCACGCAAACUCCGAAAACGUGUCUCUUGAAAUGUACAAGCCCUACGAUUGGACUUACACCUCUCACUAUAAGGGGACGGUCUUGAGCGGAGAAGGGGCUUGGAUCGUGGACAACGAUAGAGAAAUCCCCCUGGAUAAGCUAUCCAGUAACAAUCCCAUCAAAUUCUAUGACGACAUGAUCCUAUACGAAGACGAAUUGGGUGACAACGGUAUCUCUGUUUUGAACAUCAAAAUUAGAGUCAUGUCUAACUGUCUACUAAUUCUACAACGGCUAUUUAUCAGGGUUGAUGAGGUUUUGGUGCGAAUCAUUGAUACUCGUCUCUAUAUUGAUUUCGAUACGGGACUCAUCAUCAGAGAACAGAAGCUCAUGCAGGAUGACUACCAAAACGUACUUGCCAAAGCUUCGGGUCCAGACAAGAAGAAAUGGUUGAGAGACAACAAUUGGUGUUCUGUCAACUUACCCAUCUUACAAGUACAGAGAGAGUACCAAAUUGUGGACUAA